AUGACCAUGUCCGAUGACACUUGCCCAUAUCCCUGUUAUCCUCCGCCCACCGGAACAGGAACUGCCACCGGCACAACCCAGCCAUCUCCAUCGUCACAGUCAGGGUCAUACCCACCACCGGCCGGAAACUACCCUUCACCGACUGGCAAUAAUAAUAACAACAAUUUCCCAUAUAAUAAUUACUACCCUCCACCGUCUUUUGGUAACAACUACUUUGGUCAACCUCCUCCUGACCCUAUCUUGCCUUAUUUUCCAUUUUACUACAGAAAGCCUCCUCACAAAACUGAUGUUUCUCCGGCCGCCGUUGCUACAAGGUCGACUUUCUUGAUUGCCAUGGCUCAUGGCAUUGUGACCACUUAG